AUGUCCACCAUGAUCCACACAAUAGUACUAAUCCUCGCCACUGCCACAGCUGCCCUGGCAGGAUACGCCCCCGUCGUAGCCGCUCCCACGGCGGUCGUACCAGCAGCAGUUGCGGUUUCGCCCACACAUCCAUACAGCUUCGGGUACGACUCAAAGGACGAGUACGGGACUCAUCAAUACCGAAACGAAGUUGGGGACGCAAACAACCACAAGCAGGGCAACUACGGCUAUCGCGAUGCCCACGGCGUCUGGAGACAGGUGGAAUACGUUGCGGAUGCAGCCGGAUUCCGAGCCAAUGUUCGCACUAACGAACCUGGAACGGCGCCAUCUGCACCGGCUGCGGCAGCUUACAAUGCUGCGCCUGUCGUAGCUGCCGUUCCGGUAGCACCGGCACGUGUUGUGGCAGCUGCUCCCGUGGCUAAGGUUGUUCGGCCUGCUGUGGUGGCAAGACCAGCCUUUGUCAGGCCUGCAGGAGUAGCUGUUGCUCCACAUCCGGGAGUUCCGUUCUAUCCCCCAGCUGCUCCUAUUGUAGCCCCAGCUCCGGCCUUUCCAGCUCCAGCAUUUCCAGUGCCAGCAGUGCCAGCACUACCGGCAGUGGCACCAGUCCCUGCAGUGCCUUCAUUUCCCUAUCCUGGAGUACCAGCGGUUUUACCACAUCCCGUGGCGCCCGGAGCAUUUGCAUACAAUUACGCCUUACCCGCUCCUGCAGUUGCUGCAGCACCCGCACCUGCAUAUGCACAUAAUCUAAGGUUCUACUAAGAAUACCCCGUAUAACCAUGUUAAAUAGGAAAUACUAAAAUGCAUUACAUGCGGCACUGUAUUGCCGGCAGCGUCUACAUGACUUUGUGCAGGAUGCUGUGUAUAUUGCUUGACGAGUAUACUGACGUUCACUCUAGUGUUGUUUCAUGUCAGAGUCGAUAUCAGUAACCUCAUGAUACUGUCCGUCUAGUCCAACUUCUAGUGUGUAUAGGCGUGUGUACCACAAGGCCUGCUGUCCCUGUUGUCUGCUUCUGAUUUCGUGUUCACGUGCAUCGUGCCCUCAUUACUGUUAAUAUUUUACUUUAUGGAUGAGAUUUGUUUGAUCACUCGUUGUAUUGUUGCUCACUGUGACGUUGGUGUAUAACUGUACGUAACCGAGCUGACUCAGGAUAGUCAUGAAUGUAAGGUAUUAUGCACACAGAUAAAUAUAAUUUUCCAAGUA